AUGGGUCGUCGACCUAACCCGCUUAUGACGGAGUUCUUUGAGCGUGGUGUCAAGAUUAGUGACAUGUCCAACCGUUAUGAACAGACAUGCAAGAGAUGCGGCGAACAUUUUGCAAGAGGACGCAGUGAGGCCAUGAUCCCUCACCUGACCAAGAAAUGUCCUGCCAUCAGCUAUGCGGAGCGCGCCAGCAUCAUCUUCCGCCUCCAUGACCUCGUACUGCCAACUCUCAAUCCGGACGGUGAUCCAGCGCGCAACUCAGAAAGUGAUGGUAACGUGGCACUAGCCGGGAACAGCGGCCUGCACCAUGGCAAUGGCCUGUUGGUGGGACCCCGUGACAACGAGCAGAACCAGGGCAAUAGGACAGGAGGAGUUGCGGCUCAGAACGGACGGCAGCUCGCUAGCUUAGAACUACUCGCCGAGGUAUCCAGUCAUGUUAGUGGCAACGUAGUAGUCAGCGCUGGCUACGCCCCGAUGGACCAAGCUGGCGGUGUACUGCUUGACCCCCAGCUGGAAGGAGACAGCUUCCCAGUUACCACAGCUUCGACCUUUGCAACCGGCUAUUCCUACAUAGGCAACGUGUCACCCACUCCCAUGAGUGAUCUUUCUCUUGUCAGCACAGGAGCCCCAGAUCUCUCGACCAUAGCCGCUACAGCACAUGCGACGUUGCUGAAUGAGAGUGCGCCGGGAGCUGAUAUCCUAUCGUCCAGCGAUAUCUCUCAGGACCUUCUUGAAGAGUCCCAGGAGCAUGUCUUGUCUUGCCAGAACUCUGGACGAUUCCCAUCGACAACUGUGCCAUUGCCACCGCCACUGAUCGAGCAGAUCAGCUCAAUGCACCCGGGUCACUCAUUGGACGAGCAUUUUCCUCCUGGGCCCGCGAUGGCUGCACUGCCGAGUCACAUAGACAGAUCAUCAAGCCAACAACUCCGACCAAUUGCCAUGAACCCAAAUGAUCAACCCAAUCACCUGGCUGAGGACAAUGACCUCCCAGCACACCAUCCCAAGCAGAGGGUCCGUGGAAAGUUUGCCCCCGAACGCCGCGAUGAAGUGCGCCAGGUACGAAAGCUUGGUGCUUGCUGGCGCUGUCGCAUGUUGAGGAAAACAUGUUCUCAGGUCACACCUUGCCAAACCUGCGCCUCAGUCGAGAACCCUCGUUUGUGGAAUAUCUCAUGCGUCCGGACUAGGCUUGACGAGGAGUUCCCACUCUACUUCAUCAUGCCUUACACUGUCCUCACACAUCAUGACUUUGAGAAACUGAAGAAUCAGGCCAAUCAAAGUGGCUUCAGCGGCCGGCUGGAAGCUUUCCACUUCUUCGACCACAAGGUCACCUUCAAAGCUCGCCAAUUCACUCAUGUACCCAUUCCCACUGACUGUGGUGAUCAACCAUUUCCUGAAGAUGAAGUGCUGGUGUUGGAUCUUGAGACCGAAAAUGUGCUACCAAAGAUCGAACAGUACCUCAAGGCGAUCUGCCCUCAAAUCAUCGAGAAGGAGCCAUCAUCCGCCAUGAAAGGCAGUCUUCGACUUGCCCAGGCGAUCGAAGCAGAGCACCAAAGCCGUCUCCUUGCUGAGAAUACCCAGAAGUCUGACAACCUUGUUUCACAGAUUGUUGAAUUGUGGGUUGCAACGGUGGUGAUAACGGAUAAUCAGUUGACCGCAUUCUUCAGCAAGGACAGUGCUCUUGACAGUGGACAAAGUGCGGUUGACGACACCAUGCAUCCAUUUUCUCAUCGCAUGUUGACGAAUCAACUUCGAGCAGCAAUCGAGAAGCGUGCCAGUGUUGUCUGCAGAAGUGCCUUGCACAACUUUGAGCAGCGGCUUUUGCGCAACAAGGGCAAACCCUUCGAAACGUUCCUGGUUGCAUUCAUAAUGUUGAAUUGUGCGGAACGUAUGUGCUGGCUCUAUCGAAGCUGGGCUACAGCAGGUAGGGAGUUCCCGCUUGACCAAACCCCAUCAUGCUACGCCGAAAAGGCCGAGUCCUUUGCGCAAACGAUUCAGAUGCUACUUAGCAUGCGCCAGCUGGAGCCCAAAAUCAUGCAGGAUCCAGAGACAGGAGUCUCGAUUGCUCGUAUUCGUGAUGACAACGAUCUCACGAACUGGCUCGCAGCCACAGGUCUCUCCAGUGAUCUUGCAGCUCACUGUAGACCCGGCCGUUUCAACCCAGACGACAGCAGAUCUCUGGAUGGGACCUUCACUGGACGUCUUCUCCAGCAGUGA